AUAUAGUAGUCCGCACGCCUAUAAAUCAUUGAACCGGUAGGUGUGAGGCUUGAAGGCUUCCGCUCAUAUUAUUACUCAUUUCUUAGCAGCUAGGCAAAACAACAUAAAUGAAGAGAGGUUCAAUGAAGCUGCUAGCGUUUUCCCUGUGCCUUUUCGUUCUUGCAUCUUUGUUGAGCAAGGGUUUGAUAGAGGCGCAAAUAAGCGCAGGAACAAACAAGGAGCAAUUGAUUGUGAGUGGGCAGGUCUGCAAGUCUCACGAUGACUGCAAAUCCAACGCUGCUAAUAAUGGCCGCCAUUUCUGUAUCAAAGACGUUGCUGGAUCUGAAACGGGUCAUUGUGCCGGCUUUGAUCCCGCCAUUGAGACGGAGCUGAAGAAAAAGAAGAAAAAGAAGCCAAAGAAGGGUGGCUGCGGGAAGUGUGAAUCUGACGAUGAUUGCAAGGGCUGUCCAGCAGCAGCUGCUUGCGAAAAAAUCAUUUUGAAUGGCUUUUGCGCCUGAAUCAAUACAAUAAUUAAUUGCGCAGUAUUUAUAUUACUAAUAAUAAUAAUUGUCAUAUGCUUGUUCCUGGCACAGACUAGCAUAAAAAAACACCGUGUGUUUUAUGUACCUAAAUAAAUAAAUGUAUUACGUAGUAUAUUCUCUAUAUCUUUCUUUCAUAUAUAACUAAUAUAAGAGUAAGAGC